UGCAGAAGAACAAACUUGCAAUGAUUUAUAAAUGAUCAAAAAUCAUCAUCAUCGAGAGAGAGAGAGGUGAUCUGCGUCUCUUAAGCACCAACGGCUUCCACCUCUCACAUUCUCAAGUCACCUUACGAACUCACUGCCGGCACAGACCUCUCUCUACAACGAUUUGUAAGACCAAUUGAAAUUCUGUCUAGAUGGUCGUGAUGCGAAGGGCACGAACGCAUCUGACCUCGAAUUUCGCAAGUCUGCAACUGUCGUCACAGUCAUCGGAUCACAACGGGCAUAAUGUCGGAGGCAACUUACCGUGUUGAGGUUUCGGUCUCCGCCCGCGCUGGUUGUCAAGCAACGCAUUGCAAAAAGGAAGGGGCCAAGAUUCAAAAGGGUGAACUUCGUCAUGGAGUCUUGGUGUCCAUCCAAGAGUACACGUCCUGGAAGUGGCGGCACUGGGGCUGCGUGACACCAACUGUUAUUCAUAAUUGGAUUGACAAAGCAGGCGCAGAGAAUGGUGACAUGGACCUGGUCGAUGGGUAUGAGGAAUUGCCAGACGAAUUGCAGGAGAAAGUCAGACGCUGCUUCGAGCAAGGUCAUGUUGAUGACGAAGAUUGGAAUGGAGACGCAGAGCUGAACCGCUACAAUCCUGACAAGAAACAACAGGGCAUGUUUCACAAGAGCAGAAAGGCCAAAAAUGAGGACGAAAUUGAUGCUAAGCCAAAACCCAAGAAGGCCAGCAAGAAGCGAGGCCGCCAAGACAUUGACGAAGACGAAGAAGCAGAGGUCGAACGAGAGGCACCAGCCAAGAAAAGGCGAUCCAGAAAAGCUACGAAGACCGAGAACGAUGAUAUUGACGGCCAGCAAGAACAUCACGUACCUUCACAGAAAGCUCGCACCAAGAAGGGUGUAAUGGCACAGCCGAAGGAAGAAGACGACGCCGUUGUCGCAGUUUCUGCUCCACCAGCGAAGAAAGUUCGCUCUAAGAACUCGAUCAAGCCUGAGCAAGUGGAGGAUGAAGAAACAUUGCCUGCUCAAAAGAACAAGUCGAAAAAAGCGGUCAAAGCAGAGCCUGUCGAACACGAAGACGUUGCAGAAGCUGCCGCUGCUGCCAGCAAGAAAGGUCGCACCAGGACGAAUCCUCGAGCUAAGAAGCUCAAGAGUGAGGCCGAGGCUGACAAGGACGACGAGGAAUUGGUGUCAGAAACAACUAAACACAUUAAGGAUAUCGGAAGCAGAGCACCGCCGACUACUGGCAGAGGACGCAAGCGAGCGUCUGCCGCUGCUGCGACUUCGUCAAGUGAUCCCAUCUUAGCAGAUACCCCAACUACGGCUACUGAGAGGAAGGCCAAUGCAAAACCAAUCGCGACCUUAGACGAGGUCGUCGACAAUGCUGAUGCACCAACGAAGAAGGCACGCAAAGGCCGUGCGAAGAAAGCUACCUGAUCAAGUGAGUUAUGCUUGUUUGAUCUUGCUCAACUUUCGAAGUUUUCGCGAGGGUGGUGUGCAGGGUCGCCUUGCAGGAGCAUUCAUGUUUGUCAUAGAUACCCGUUCAUAACUUCAUCCAACCUGUGCAAUACUUAAUCGUGUUAAAG